CUACUUAAAAAUAAUAUUUAACGAAAAAAUCAUAGUCGUGGUCAGUUGGUCAGAAUUUUAUGUUUUAUUUUAUCAUUAUUCUCAUCCUACUUUUUUCUUUCUUUAAUGUGUUUUAUUCCUCAAGUUAAUUUAAAUUUAAUGACAUCAAACCGCGCUGUUUCGAAUUCGGUGAAUAUGAUUAAUGUUCGAGUGCUUAUACGAUUGUGAAUUGUUUGCGACACAAGUUAAGCUAAAAAUGGAGCAUCACAAAAGGAAGCAAAAAUCUACUGCAGAUAAACCUAGUUUAAAAAAAUGCAAGUUUUGUACUUCACAAUUUACAAUGAAACGGGAGCUAUUAAAACACGAAAAAAGCCAUUCUAAAGAGAUUUUGAAUGGUGAGAAAGAUCAGAGUAAAGGCCAGUCGAAAGUUGAUCAAUGUGCCACCAUAAAAUGUGGAAUAUGUGGAGAAUUAUAUAAUAGUUCAGUGACUCAUAUUCAUCACAACUCUUUAAAGGAUAAUGUAAUUAUUAAAAACUAUGAAUGUUUAAUUUGCAACAAAUCUUUUACCAGUAAAGACUAUUUAUACAACGAGCAUAUGAAUAUACACACUGGUGAUCGACCUUAUGAAUGUGAACUAUGUGAUACCAGUUGCCACACUUCGGAGGAUCUAAGUAGUCAUAUGAAAUUGCAUGUUAGCCUAUAAUUAUUUUCAAAUUAAUGCAAUAUUACAUGUCUAAUGAAAGUUUUAUAAUUUGAGAUUUACCAAAAAGAGUUUAGUUCAGAAAUUUAGUUUAAUAAGCAUAUAUUUAUAUAUUUUAUUUAAUAAGCAUAUAUUUAUAUGUAAAGGCACAUAUUAAGUGAAUAAAUUAU